AUGUCGGAACUAAGUAGAGCAGAGAAAAUAGCGGCUGCUAAGAAAAAGCUAAGAGAAUUCCAAGCUUCCAAGGCUAACAAACAGUCAAAUGAAUCAUAUGUCAACCAAAACCAUGGUUCCAGCGUUCCGGGGACUGGGGGCUAUCGAACCAACAUUUUAUCGCAACAAGAAGAUAAUCACUGCAUAUUACCCGUUGAUAAUUGUCAGUCCAUUCAACUUGAGCAGAAGCAAAAAUAUCAACACGGAUUUAAUUUAUCAAAUGUAAAUAUCAAUGAAAAUUAUGCGAAUGCUUCAAUAUAUCAACCACAAUCUCCAUCGAGUGUGACAGUACCACAGAAUAAUGAUAAUGCAGUUAUAUCACUUGCUGACUAUUUUAAUAAUUCUACUCAUUAUUACCAUCCCCCACCGCUUCAAUCUCUUCCUAAUAAUAAUACUAAUGAUAACCAUUCCGUUUCUUAUAGUGAAAAUGGUCAAUGUGUUUUACAUGACUUGACAGUUCAUUCGAAUCUCACUGAUAAACAUCAGUUUGUUGUUUCGUUUCCUACUUCAUUGUCAUCUGCAUUUGAAAUACCUAAUAGGAAUGCAAAUCAAACUGUACCAAUGACUGACAAUACAGAGUACCUCAGUUAUUCUAUGUAUAAUAAUAAUAAUAAUAAUAAUAACGAUAAUAAUAGUAAUAUACCUGUUAAUAUCGAAUUUAGCAAGCAGCAGAGCGAAUCGAAUUCUAACGAUUCCACUGUUUUUCCAACAUCAUAUUAUCAUCUUUCUUCUGAGUCUGCUGCCAUUCAUAAUGUAAAUAAUUCUAAUCAAGAAAAUAAUACACUUGUACAGUUAUCUUAUCCACAAUAUGAUGGUGAUGAAGAAGAGAAAGAAGUGGUGAACGAUAUACCUACAGCUGCUACUGAGAAACUUUUACAGUUAACCCGUCAGUUAGACGGCAUAUUAGAGACAUCAGAACGUUUAACUAGUUCAAUGCAUACAUCAGGCACUACUAGUCCAAUAAUGAAUGAAUUUACUUCAAACCAUGGAUUACUAGAAUCAUUUCAUUAUCCUGAAUCAUGUCGACAAUACUCUAAUCAAACUGGUGAAUCACAUGAUCAAUUGACAAAAGAUUAUUCACAUUGUUCACCGAAUUCUUUAUUAUCUGGAGAAUCAUCUCAAAUGUCUAUAAGUCAAAAUCAUUUAGUGCGAGGACUUGAAGAAAGAAAUGUUGAAUUAGCUUCAAUGUUAGAAAAACGCAAUCGAGCAUAUGAACGUCUAACAGUUAAAAUGGACUUAAUGAAAGAUCAGUAUGAACGUCGAUUAACUGAUUUAAGCAAUGAACGUACAAAUUUACAAAAUAUUUCUCAACGAGAUUUAGAGAAAACCAAAGAACAAAUUAAAGCACACGCUAAAACUAUUGGAAUCUUAGUUGCUGAAAAAACAGAACUUCAAUCACAAGUGACACAUUUGGAUAAUUUAGCUGUACAAAGAUUACGAGAAAUUGAAGAAGUCAGCUCUAGGUUAAAAGCAUCACGUCAACAGAUUUUAGAUUUGGAACGUAAUUUAUCAGAGAGUAAAGCAAGUGUGAACAACUUGCAAACUGGUAACAAUGAUCUACAGAAUCAGAUUAAAUGCCUUCAAGGGGAAAUAAAGCGUGAAAAAAUAGCACGCCGAGAUGUCGAAGAUGAAUUAUCUGAAACGAGGUCUCGAUUAACAGCUAAAUCGUGUGAACUAGCUCAAACUGGAAUAAGUUUAAAUGAAUUAAAACAGCAACUUGAAUUAUCACAGAUUUAUGCUAAUCAAUUAAGGAGUACUACAGAUAGCUUAAUGUGUUCGGAAGAUAAGAAAUAUUGCAAAGAAAAAGAAGAGUGGUUAUCAGAACGUGCUGAUCUACUGAAUCGAUUGAAGUUGCUUGAAUUGUCAUUAUCUUCGAUUGAUACAGAAAAGAAACGGUUAGAUUCUCAGUAUCAUAAUUACGUUGCACAGGUUGAACAACAGGCAGAUGAGUUACGCUCUCAAUUAUCUGAAACAAAUAAAUUAAAACAAGAAAUGGAAUUGUCAUUGGAAUCAGUUAGUCGACAAUUACGUGAAAAAGAUAAUGAAAUCAAUGAUUUAAAACAAGAUGUCAACUCUUCACCUGUUAUCCAACAAUCGUUGGAGCAAAUAGCAGUAUUGGAAACUCAGUUAAAAAGUCGUACAGAAGAGUUAGAAAAUGCAAAUGUUGAAAUAAAUCGGUUAACUGUUCGAUUAUCUAAAUUUGAGGAAACUGUUGAACAACUACAAAAUUCAUUAUCUGAUCGUGAUAUAGUUUUGGCCACAGCUACAUCAGAACGAAGUGCUUUAAGUCGAGCUGUAGAGCAAAAUAAGAAUUUAAAACAACAAUUGUCUGAUUUGCAAACUACAUACACACAAAUGUGUGAUAUUUAUCAAUCAGAAAUUAAGUCUGCUAAUGAAAUGAAUUAUGCAUUAUCUAAACAAAUGGAACAUUUAAAUAUUUUACAAAUGGAAAAUCAAAAUCAAUCAGAAAAUAUUAUUAGUUGUACUAUAUUGUCAAUUGAUAAUGCAACACAAACUGACGAUAGUCAUAUUGUACAUGAUCCACCACAUUCGACAGUGCAUGAUUGUACUGUAACUCAAUCAUCAUCGCCACCACCAACACCACAAGAACAACAAAUAGACAACAUAAUGAAAUAUGAGAAUGUUAAUCUAAGUCAACUAACAGAUGAGAUUGUAUUGUUAAGAGAUUUGUUCGCGCGUGUUUCUGUAAUCUGUCAGUGGUUGGAACAUGAAAAUGGCAAAAUCAAUGAACCUAACAAAUUCAACGAUCCAGUAUAUUGUGUUAGCCUAUUGGAGGAAUCUAUUCAAAAAUUAACGAGUAAAUCUUCUUCAAAUGUAAUUGACAAUUCUGUACAAUGUUCAUUGUCUAUAGAACAAAACGAAUUAACAUCAAAUGUUGAAGAGUUACAAAAUCUCCAGGUUGCUCAUACACAAUUGGAAGCUAAAUUUUUAAAAUGUAUGGAAGAACUUAGUUCUGUUACUGAGGAACGCUGUACAUUAGAAAGUAUAAAUGCUCAACUAGAAAUGGAAGCUGCAACAGUUGAAGAAUAUGUAACACUGUUUACGCAUCGUCGUGCUGCAGCCGCAAAACGUGCAAAAGCUCGUGAACUAUUACUUCAACGUUUAGUAGACGACAGAAAACGUUUACGUGAUCGUUUGGGAAAACUUUUUUCACAAAUAAAUCCAGUAUACAUUAAAAAUGACUGUUCAAAUGAUCAAACAGAGCUUGUGAAACAACAGGUAGACACAACACCGAAUGAUUCAAACCAUGUGGGAGGCAGAUUCCUGACUGAAUUUCGCUCCCUCAUUGAAGAAAUUGAACUAUCCACAGAUGAAAAAGAAUUCGAAGCUGGCGUAUCCGAUUUAAACGAUGAAGAUAUAGGUGAUGAAAUGGAAAGUCUAACUGACAAGAAACUAGUUUCUGAUUUCAAUACAAAUGAUAGUAUUCAAAAGCAUCAUAUUUCACAUAUAACAUUGGAAAAUUUACGAUAUCAAGCUCUACGUUAUGACUGUCCACAUUGUAAAUGUUGUGUUGGUAGAUUAUUAGAAGUAUAGUACUUGUCCUUAUAUUUCUAUUCAUCAUUCAAUUUCAAUUGUCAUCAUCCUCCUCCUCAUGUCUUUCAUCAGAAAAACAAAACAAUUUGAUUUCAAUUGUACAGAUCUUAUCUCUUCAAUAUAAUAUUAAUAAUAAGUACCAAUUUUUACUUGUUUUUCACGUGUGUUGUGCCUCCAUUUAAAAAUGGGUCUCUACUUGUAAAACGUGAACAUUUUGUAAAUAUUAUUUAUUGGUUGCGAAUUAUAAAUAAAUCAU